AGGCGCACUGCGCGGCGGGCGCGCGGGCAGGCCGGGCGUCCGCGCAAGCGCGCGCUGCUUGUGCUCCGCUCUGGCGCGGGCGGCUGGUCGUGCUUUGGCUGGCUGGGGCAGGGCUUGCGGCCCCGCGGCGGCGGCGGCGGCGGCCGCAUCGGUACCAUGUUUCUUCACUCAGUCAAUCUCUGGAACCUGGGGUUUUAUGCCCUCAUGGUCUUCAUGGCGACGCUGGGGCUGUGGGACGUCUUCUUCGGCUUCGAGGAGAACAAGUGCAGUAUGAGCUAUAUGUUUGAGUACCCGGAGUAUCAGAAAAUAGAACUUCCGAAGAAAUUGGCAAAACGUUAUCCUGCAUAUGAAUUAUAUCUUUAUGGUGAAGGAUCCUAUGCUGAAGAACACAAAAUCCUCCCUUUGACAGGUAUUCCAGUUCUGUUCCUUCCUGGUAAUGCUGGAAGUUAUAAGCAAGUUCGUUCUAUUGGCUCCAUUGCACUUAGAAAAGCAGAAGAUAUUGACUUCAAGUACCACUUUGACUUCUUUAGUGUGAAUUUCAAUGAAGAGCUGGUGGCAUUGUAUGGUGGAAGUCUUCAGAAGCAAACCAAAUUUGUACAUGAAUGUAUCAAAACAAUUCUCAAACUCUAUAAGGGUCAAGAAUUUGCUCCAAAAAGUGUGGCAAUAAUUGGUCAUUCUAUGGGUGGCCUUGUUGCAAGAGCAUUGCUUACACUGAAAAAUUUUAAACAAGAUCUGAUAAAUCUUCUUAUUACACAAGCCACACCUCACGUUGCUCCUGUGAUGCCAUUAGAUCGCUUCAUUACAGAUUUUUAUAUGACUGUAAACAACUAUUGGAUUCUAAAUGCUAGACACAUAAAUUUUACCACACUUUCUGUAGCUGGAGGAUUCCGGGAUUACCAAGUUCGUUCAGGGCUGACUUUCCUACCAAAAUUAAGCCAUCAUACCAGUGCCUUAUCUGUUGUGAGUUCAGCAGUGCCUAAGACCUGGGUUUCAACAGAUCACCUCUCCAUUGUAUGGUGUAAACAAUUGCAAUUGACUACUAUUCGAGCAUUCUUUGAUCUUAUUGAUGCUGAUACGAAACAAAUAACUCAAAAUACCAAGAAGAAACUGUCUGUUUUGAAUCACCACUUUAUAAGACACCCAGCAAAACACUUUGAGGAAAAUCCAGCAAUAAUUUCUGACUUAACAGGGACAUCUAUGUGGGUUCCAGUAAAAGUGUCCAAAUGGACCUAUGUGGCUUACAAUGAAUCUGAUAAGAUAUAUUUCACAUUUCCUCUUGCAAAUCAUAGAAAAAUCUACACUCAUGUCUAUUGUCAGAGCACUAUGCUGGAUACAAAUAGUUGGAUUUUUGGCUGCAUUAACAGCACUUCUAUGUGCCGGCAAGGGGUUGAUUUAUCAUGGAAAGCUGAAUUACUGCCUACAAUUAAGUCUCUGAUGUUAAGACUUCAGGACUAUCCAUCUUUGUCGCAUCUUGUUGUUUAUGUACCAUCUGUUCAUGGAAGUAAGUUUGUUGUAGAUUGUGAAUUCUUUAAAAAAGAGACAAGAUCCAUACAGCUUCCUGUAACUCAUCUUUUUUCCUUUGGAUUGUCUUCAAGGAAAGUGAUAUUAAAUACAAGUGGCCUGUUCUAUAAUUUAGAGCUUCUGAACUUUGGACAGAUAUAUCAAGCUUUUAAAAUCAACGUAGUAAGCAAGUGCUCAGGAGUCAAAGAAGAAAUAACUAGUAUCUAUAAACUUCAUAUUCCUUGGUCUUAUGAAGAUUCACUAACCAUUGCACAGGUUCCAUCUUCCACAGAAAUUUCUCUGAAACUUCAUAUUGCUCAACCAGAAAAUGAUAGCCAUGUAGCAUUAUUAAAAAUGUACACAUCAUCAGACUGUCAAUAUGAGGUGACAGUUAAGACUUCCUUUUCACAAAUACUUGGACAGGUAGUUAGAUUUCAUGGUGGAGCUCUUCCUGCUUAUGUUAUAUCUAGUAUCCUUCUUGCUUAUGGAGGGCAGUUAUACUCCCUUUUCUCAACAGGACAUUGCUUAGAAUAUGCUACAAUGUUGGAUAAAGAAGCCAAACCAUACAAAGUUGAUCCUUUUGUAAUUAUGAUUAAGUUUCUGUUGGGGUAUAAAUGGUUUAAAGAAUUAUGGGAUGCAUUGUUGUUACCAGAAUUAGAUGCCAUUGUUUUAACUAGUCAGAGCAUGUGUUUUCCCCUUGUAUCCUUGAUUCUCUUUCUAUUUGGAACAUGUAUUGCCUACUGGGGUGGCCUAUUCUCUUCUACAUCUGUGAGACUCCUUUCUUCACUGUGGCUAGCUUUGAAAAGGCCCUCUGAACUUCCUAAAGAUAUCAAGAUGAUAUCACCAGACUUGCCCUUUUUGACUGUUGUUCUGAUCAUAGUUAGUUGGACAACUUGUGGAGCAUUUGCCAUACUUCUUACUUAUCUUUACUAUGUCUUUAAGAUUGUUCAUCUCCAAGCCAGCCUAACAACUUUUAAAAAUAGGCAGACUGUGAAUCCUAAACACUCUAGAAGAAGUGAAAAAAAAUCCAAUCACCAUAAAGACUCUACAGGACACCAUCUUCAUUUAUCUGCCAGUGAUGCUGAAGAUAGCCUUUGCAUGCACAGUACUGUGAUUAACUUACUAACGUGGAUUGUAUUACUCAGCAUGCCAUCUUUAAUUUAUUGGUUAAAGAAUCUUAGGUAUUACUUUAAACUGAAUCCUGAUCCAUGUAAGCCUUUGGCAUUUAUCCUUAUUCCAACUAUGGCAAUUCUUGGAAAUACUUACACUGUUACAAUAAAAUCAAGGUAUGGUAGUUUAAUCUUUCAAUAACAUCUAUUCCUGAUCUUUGUCACCCUUUUAUGUCUGAAAAAUGCUCUCUUUAGUCCUGAUUACUUUGAUUAUUCCUAAAGGUAAAACCAUAAUAGUAAUAAGGUUCUAUAUGCAGAUAUAGUUCAUAUGCAAGUAUAUUAUUUUUAUUUUCUUAAUUAUGGGUAUUACUUAUUAGGAUUAUAAUAAUGUCUUUUUCUUUAAAAAGCUAUUUUUGAAAGAUAGGAUGUCUAAGAUUAUCUCUCAAAAUUUCAGGAGUGGCAGUGAAUAGGAUUAUAGGUGAAGUAAAAUUAGUCAUGAAUCGAUAAUUUUUGAAGCUGGGUGACAGGUACAUGAGGUUCAUUUUACUAUUUGUCUACUUAAAUGUGUGUUUAAAAUUCUCCAUAAUAAAGUUUGACUUUUCAUUUACUAGUUGUUCUCUCUGGGAGCCUUUUCUGUUGAUUCUAGCAGAUAUUUUCAGAUAUUCUAGAAUCAGGCAGAUGGAAGGCGUAAAUAUUGCCUCUGCCAUUUAAUAGGUCUAUGGCCUUAGGCAAGUUUCUUACAGCUCUUAUUCUCAAUUUCUCUAUUUUCAAAGUAAAAAGGUGAUAGUCUUUCCUGCUCUUUUUCUUUUAAAUAUAUUUAGUGUCUUACCUUACAUGCUCCCGUUAGGAAUUAGGGAUGGUUCCUUUUUCAUGUUGUUGUGA